CAUGGAACUUCGGCCGCCCUUUGCUCGUGCGCCGCGCAUGAUCGACGAUUCAAAGUGCCUUGGGCAGCAAUGCAAACCCGUCGGCGAUCCCUGGAAAACAAUCCAGAAAGAUGCCCACUGGUCCGUCUUUUAAACCCGGUUCGGGAUUGACCCACGACAGGUUUUUCGUCUCCAGACGAUGUUUCUUCGUCGCCUUCUCUCUGCUUCUUCCCAGCACCGCUCGACGAGAGAGGCUUCCAAUUUGUUCCAGAGGUUUGGUCCACAGAGGAAGGUUCAAACUUUUAAUUAUUCAAAAUCCUUCAGAAAUGGUAGUGGGCAUCGAAAUGUUUAUCCCGUAUCGCCUGCUGAAGCAGAUGCUUCUCGGCCUUGGAGAAACUUUCUCAUUCCUAGUCUUAUAGUAGGAGGUUUCGUUGGGGCUGCAGUUCUGGUCCGUUAUAAUGACGAGAGGAGAGCAACUUUAAAAGGUCAAGGAAGUAGCAGGGAAGGAAAUUCAGUAAGGGGACCGAUUAUUGGUGGACCAUUUACUUUAAUUGACACAGAGCAUCGGAUUGUCACUGAGAAGGACUUUAAAGGAAAAUGGGUUCUCCUUUAUUUUGGGUAUACAUCAUCACCAGAUGUUGGCCCCGAACAACUCAAUACAAUGGCAAAGGCUAUCAAAAUAUUAGAGUCAAAACAGAAUGCAGAGAUUUUUCCAGUAUUUGUCACGAUUGAUCCUCAGAGGGAUACAGCUUCUCAUCUCCGUGCUUAUCUUAAAGAGUUCCAUCCAAGAAUAGUUGGAUUUACAGGGCCUGAUGCUGCUGUAAGGCAGAUGGCGCAGGAAUACCGAGUUUACUUCAAGAAGGUUGAAGAGGAAGGGGAUGAUUAUCUUGUAGAGACAUCUCACAACAUGUACUUGUUGAAUCCUAACAUGGAGGUGACACGCUGCUUCGGAGUGGAGUACAGUGCUGAAGAACUGUCGGAAGCAAUGGCCACUGAAAUACAGAGAAACCCAAGAACCGCCGUUGCUGGUUUUUCCGCACCUUGAAGCAAGUUUCACGUCUCAGACCAAUCCCCUGAGGCCUUGCCUCCUGGGCGUUAUGGUUUGCAAACUGAAUCACGAGUUGAUUUGCACCUUGUUGACAAUGAUCAAGUGAAAUCGCGAUUCCGUUUUCAUGUUAUCGGGAUUGGGAUUAAUCCUUUGCUUGAGAUGUUCAUGAGCUUUCUAUAGUUACAUUAUAGUUACAUUGGUAUC